AUGGCAGACUCAAUUACAACACCAGACCGCUCUGUCUCGCGAGGUCGCGAUGCAUUCCAAUCAUCAGGGAGAGGAGGCAUAGGAAACAUCCGCCGCUCCUCCAUCUCAACUGAUACUCGCCCUACUGACGGCCCAGAUGACUUUUCACCCACUCGUGGUCGAGAACCAGCCGUCAAUGCCGACAGAGUAUUCUCAGUUGGCCGAGGCGGUGCAGGCAACAUCCGCUCGCCCUCCCGUGAUAUCGGGCCUGACCAUCCCCAGACCGCCUCCAUCCUCUCCGACCACGCAGCAGCGAAUGCAGACUAUGAGCGGCAGGUGCGCAAAUUGCACGCAGAGGCCAAUCCAGUGCAUUCCUCCGGCCGUGGCGGCUUGGGCAACAUAUCCGCAUCUCGCUCUCGUUCAAAGGGGCCCAGUCCUGCCUUACACUCUACCGGUAGAGGCGGAGCCGGAAACAUUCAAUACGGAGAUGGUCUCAAUGCAGACAUCCUUGAUCAAGAAGAACGAAGGAAACACGCGCACGGAGAAGGAAUGCACUCCACCGGCCGGGGAGGCGUCGCCAAUCUCACGUCUUCACGCGGUCCAAGCCUCGAGAUCCACGGUCACCACGCCGCCGAGUUCGAGUCGUCCGGGCGUGGGGGUGCAGGCAACAUUCGCUCGCGCUCUGCCUCGCGCGAUCCGAGUGGACGUACGCCGUCGAGGGAGAAACACGGUAUCGCUGCACUGUGGAACAAAGUUUCUCACCCUCAAUACAACAGCCGCCCUUCCGACCAAUCUAUCCAUUCUCUCCAUUCUGACGCUGCCAGUCAAGACGGUGGCGCGCUCUCGCCCAGGAACGAUUGA